AGUGAUUUCAAUGUAGCAGAAGUCAUUUAGUUUCGGAUCCACUCAUCUUGAAGUGAAGCUAAAUUGUUUACCUUUAAGGAGAGUUUUUAUUAUCGGGAUUAAACUUUAAAAAUUCUAUUUUCUCACAUUUUUAGCAAAAAUUUUUACUUUUUGUGUGACAAUAUAUGAAAUUUCAUAUUGACUGGUCCGCUAUGUGAUGUAAACAUUUCUGGUUAACCUAUAAGAACACACCGGCCAUAUCCAUGUUUUCCUAAAUUGUUUAAUUUACAUUCUAAGAGAACGCUAUGAUGGGGUGCCUGUGUGCUAAAGCAAGCACUUUAAAGAUUAAAUCAUCUGACGUUAAAAAAGAAGGAAAAGCAUACUCUUGGGAUGAGAAGAAAACAGUUAAUCCAAAAGAUUUCAUAAUAGAGAAUGCAAAAGAUGAAACAGUCGUUAGACUACCUGGAUCAGUUAAAGGACAACAGUUUAUUAUUCAAAAUUGUGAUAACAGCAAUAUUUAUAUAUAUGACCACAUAAAUACUAUUACAGUGGAUGAUUGUAAUGGUUGUAACAUUUUUAUUGGACCAACAAAAGGAAGCGUUUUCUUGAGGGAUUGUUCUGAGUGUCGAUUUUUAAUUGUCUGCCAGCAAUUUAGAGCUAGGGACUGUAAAGUUGUGGAUGUUUUCUUGUGCUGUGCUACUCAACCUAUUAUUGAGUCUUGUAGUGAUAUACGAUUUGGUUGCUUUUGUUUCAACUAUGCUCAUCUGGAAGAACAGUUCAAGAAUGCUUGCCUCAGCAUCUUCAACAACAAUUGGAGCAAUAUACAUGAUUUCACUCCUGCUGAAGGGGAAAGGAACUGGACGCUCCUUCCAAAGGAUGCUCGUAUUGAGGAUUUUUUCCCAUUGCCCUCCCCUGAAAAGUUAGGAGACUUACAAGUGAUGACUGACCCACAAAGUAGUUUGGUUCCCCAGACUCAGGGUUGUUUACAGAGGUUAUCCAUGCAGUAUUGCCUUGUUGUGUUCUUUGCUGAUGGUCAUGCGCAAAACCGAGCCCUCUCCCUAAUUAAAGAAUUGGAGCAAACUGACUGUAUCUUACUUCGAACUAAAGAACUUUUACUGGAAGAUGAUGCUGCAGAAAGAAUAUUUGGCUCAAAUGCGUACAACACUGUUGUCAAAAGAGGUCCAGUAAUUGGUCUGGAAUAUAAUGGUAAUGAUUGUAUGAUGCUGUGCUUAGAAACCGCUAAGAAUAUUGCCACCUCUACUGGUUGUACUGGCCUGGUAUAUGUGAGCACUUGUCCCAAAGUAGCUCGAAAGCAGAUUGAGAAUUUUUUUAGUCAUGCUGAUGUCCAAUUAAGCCAAUGAAAAAUGCACAAUUUUGUACAACACAAUAUAACAAACACAGUACAGGGCCUUUAUGUGUUUUAUAUAUUUAUGUAUAACUCCACUGCAUUUAUAGCUCAGUAUAAACAUGUUAAAAGAAUAAUUUAUAUUGAUAAACUCACAGUUUUAAUUUAAGUUACAUUUUUAAUAUAUUCAACAUUUUAUAGUCUAUAUUUAUAAAAGUUUUGAUAGGAUAUCAGAGCACUCAUUUUUAAAAGUGUUAUCUUUAUUGAAAUCUAAACUAUUGAAUAACGAUUGUUCGUAUAGAGGUGCAAAUCUAUUAAAAAUUUGUUGCAAUAAAAUUUUGAAUAAUUAUUAAAAUUAUGAAAAUUAUAUAUUUAUUAGCUGUUAGCAGAAACUAUAGAUAACUUAUUCCGAUCAUCAAAUAUGUCAUGAUGAAAAACCAUUCUUUCUUCUAUAUUCAUCUUUUAAAUAAGAUCUGAUGUGCUAUUAGUAAACUAUUGGACCAUUAUUAAUGAUUUAGAUAUUAUUAAAAUUGGUGACCAAAUAUGUCAGAUCAUGUCAUUUUUAGAGCUUUGAGACAAAAUUUAUUUGCAGUUUUAGUUUAAAUUGUCCAUAACUUAUAACUUUACAUAUAACUUCUUUUUAUUUAAAAAAAAUUUUACACUAAAAAGGUUAGAAAUGAUUUUAAUGGCUUGAAUAUGAACUUUUAAUCUUUUCUCAAACUCAUUGAACAAUUAGGCUAAUAAUCCAACAUUUCACUCUCUCUCUUUCCCAUGCUAUUAUUUCUAGCAAGUUUGAUUUUAAAAUUUUAAUACUAAAAAACUAGUUCAAAAUCCAUCGGCAAAUCUUUUUUUUUUUCUUAAAAAAAUAUUUACCAAUUUUAGUUUCAGGAACUUUUUUUUCUUCUUUGGUCUGGAAUAAAUGUUUAUGAUAUUUGAGGAAAUUUGCUCCAGUUGUUUUCUAGUAACAUUGUAAAGUUCAAGUAUUUAAACUUGUUUUGUAAUAAUUAUUUCCUAAUUCCAUAUUUUUUAUUAAAAUAUCGUUAUAUAUGCAAUUAGUACUUUUGAGAAUGAAUACUGUAUCUAAGAUGACUUUUUUUUUCUUUGUUUUUAUUUAAGAAUGUAAACUAAAAGAAUAUCGAAAAAGUUGGUAUAUUUUUCCCCUUAAAAAACAGGCCCUGUAACAAAUGCAGAAAAUGUUACAAAUGAUUUCGCUUCAGAUUUUGAAAGAAAAAAAAACGUAUU